CAGAUCAUUGAACACGAUCUCUCUCAUUCUACUGAAGCUGCCAUUGAGAUUGAUGCUCUAGUGAACGGAGAAGAUUUCGAAUCAUCUUUAACACGAGAUCAGUUCAAUGAAAUCAAUUCUGAUCUGUUCAAACGCUGCCUUCAACCGGUCGACCGUGCCCUAGCCGACGCCCACCUGACCCCUGCUGGUAUUGAUGAAGUGGUUCUGAUUGGUGGGUCUACUCGAAUCCCUAAAAUACAAGAACUUUUGGCGGAUAAAUUCCCGGGAAAACCACUCAGUAAGCGGAUCAAUCCUGAUGAGGCAGUAGCUAUGGGGGCGGCUAUUCAAGGAGCUAAUCUAUCUCAGAGUAUUGAAGAGAAGAACUCUCGUCUCUCCGGCAUCACCCUAAUGGACGUAGCUCCAAUGAGCCUGGGUAUUGAACUGGCCAGUGGGAAGAUGAGUACUUUAAUUCAGCGAAAUACCACAAUACCUUACUCUCACUCAAGGACCUAUAAGAAUAAUGAAGACUAUCAGACCGAGGCGACCAUUGAAGUGUUUGAAGGAGAAGAGAAGACGGCUAAGAAGAACAGGCUACUGGGUCGGUUUAUAGUACCUGGACUACCACCCAGACCAAGGGGACAGGUUGAAAUACCUGUUGCCUUCUCUCUUGACGUUAACGGGGUCCUUGAGGUGAGCGCUUACGUGAAAGGGGAACAAGGAACCAAGAAGAGUUUAGUGAUAAAGAAAGACAAAGGUCUCCUAACUGAGGAGGAGAUUAAGAAGAGAGGGAAGGAGUUACAGGACUGGGAGAGAAAGUGUCGUACUAAUAAAAUUAACUAAUAAAUGACAAAUAAUUAUUGCUUUCUAUUAUAAUCGUUUAAAUGUUUUAAUAAUUAUUACUGAGUGCUAUAUAUAGUAUAAUUAAUAACAACAAUAAUGACAAUAAAACUGAAUUCAAUGUAAUAAAGAGAGACAGAUACUGAUUAACAUACAGAACAAAUACAUCAUUGUAUUUAGAAAUGAUGAUGAUUAUUAUUAGUUUGUGAUUCAAUGUGGUAUCUCUUGAAAUUUAGCCCAAACAUUGUCAACAAA